GCACCUAAACUGAUGAAAUGUAGAGAGUGUAAAAUGUCUGCUACUCAAUUGAGUAAAAAACAACCCAACAUUUUCUGCAGAUUCUAUGCGUUUAGAAGGUUGAAGUAUAAUUUAAAAGGUUCAGUGAGUAUUUAUGGAUUUUCAGAGUUAUCUGAUGCUGACCCUGAUGAUAUAGAACCAUGGUUACCACGGACACCAGCUCCAAAGCUAGAUAUUGAAACGUCCAAGUUUAUCAUCAGUAAAGUAGGAGAUAGAUUCUGUGAAUUGGUAGAACAAGAAAAGGAAUCCAUGAGUUUAGUUGGUAAAAAUGGUAAAAUAGCAUGGAAGAGAGCUGUACAAGGUGUAAGAGAAAUGUGUGAUGUUUGUGAUACGACAUUAUUUAACAUGCACUGGGUGUGUAGUAAAUGUGGUUUCGUUGUUUGUCUAGAUUGUUAUAAAGCGAAGUUAAAAAGUGCAGAUGAUAUCAACACUGCAUUGAUUAUUUCAGAUGAUGAUCGUUGGUUAACAUGUAGUUCUAAUAAAGGUGCCCAUGAACCUGAGAAAAUGAUGUUAACUCAGAUUAUUCCCAGUGAUGCAUUGUGGGAGUUGGGCCGUUUGAUACAUGUGAUCCGUGGUAAAUGGUCGAUUCCUGAAACCUGUCCAUGUGAUAUCACUUCAUCACCACUUAGUCUACUAGCUGACGUGGCAUUCCUGGAUUCGGAGGGCAGCCGUGAUAAAACUGAUUCCAAAAAAUCCCUGGAUAAAAGUGCUAUGUCCCCAAGUGUUGAUACAGACUCAGAUAAAAAAUUACAACCAAGUUGUUCAACUUUACGAGAAUUGCUCACAAAAACAGCUGGAAAAGCUAAAGUGCCAAAUGAUAAGAAAAACACAAAACCUAAAACAAGUGGCAGCACAUUAGACGAUAUUAUCCAAUCAGUGGUAGAGAAAAACUUUCAUAAUCUAACAGAAACUAGUGUAUUAUAUCCUGAUGUACCUCAUUCAUGGCUGUGUGAUGGUAAAUUAUUACGUCUUCAUGACCCACAACAUAAAGGAAAUCUCAAAAUAUUCCAAGAUCAGUGGAGACGUGGUCAGCCUGUGUUAGUAUCUGGUACCAACAAAAAUAUUAAUAGUAAUUUAUGGAAACCAGAAUCAUUCUGUAAAGAGUUUGGUCAGUUUGAUAACGAUCUUGUUAACUGUUUAACUGGAGAUGUUAUUGUUGGUCAUCCUAUGAGUGAUUUCUGGGAAGGAUUUGAAAGCCUUGAAAACCGUCCAACUGAUGAUGAAGAUGAGCCAAUGUUAUUGAAACUCAAAGAUUGGCCUCCAGGAGAUGAUUUCAGUGAUAUUUUACCCACACGUUUCCAAGAUCUCAUGAAAGCUUUACCAUUGCCAGAUUACACUUUACGUCAAGGAAAACUGAACCUUGCUUCCAGGCUGCCCGAUUUCUUAGUGAGACCAGAUUUAGGACCUAAAAUGUAUAAUGCUUAUGGCUCAGCUAAAUUUCCCAGUCAAGCUACAACUAAUCUUCACCUGGAUAUCUCUGAUGCUGUUAAUAUUAUGGUGUAUGUUGGAGUACCAAAUGAUGGUGAAGGUGGACGCAAGGCUCAUGAACAAGCUGCUCUGAAAGCUAUAGAUGAUGCUGAUUGUGAUAGUAUAACUAAACGUAGAGUGAGAGAAGUACAUGAGGUACCUGGAGCUUUAUGGCAGAUUUAUGAUGCAGGAGAUGCUGAUAAGAUCAGAGAUUUCUUGAAUAAGGUAGCUAAAGAAACAGGUGAAAUAAUAGAACCAGAUCAUGAUGCUAUACACGACCAAUCUUGGUACCUGGAUGAGAAACUGAGAGAAAGAUUAGCUAGAGAAUAUGGUGUACAUGGUUAUACUAUUGUACAGUGUCUGGGUGAUGCUAUCUUUAUUCCUGCUGGAGCACCUCAUCAGGUUCGAAAUCUUCAUAGUUGUGUUAAAGUAGCAGAAGACUUUGUGGCACCAGAACAUCUGAACCAUUGUUUCCAUCUAACACAAGAAUUCCGUCAAUUAUCAGAUACCCAUUCUAAUCAUGAGGAUAAACUACAAGUUAAAAAUAUCAUAUACCAUGCUGUCAAAGACGCAGUGGCUGUUUUACGAGAUGCCAAUCCUGAAGAUGACUGAAUUAUGUAAAAAUGAGAGACUCAGGAUAUAGAGAAACUUAAUAUGGAGAGAAGAGCUAAACACCAAUUUCAUUAUGGUGGAUAUAACAAUGCUGAUAUGAAUAACUUGAAAGGACUGAAGCAGGCAAUGUUUGUAACUGCUGAGAGAAUGUAAAGUGAUGUAGGAAAAUAAGUAUAUAUAUGUUAGAAAAUAUGGUCUUCAGAGCCAGAAUAUUUGUUGAAAAAUGCAGUAACAUGUGCUAGAAAUAGACUUCAGCGAAGAAUAAACCUUGAUUUAGACAAAAAGGAAAGAAACAGUGUGAAAUGACAACACAGUGUUAGAAACUGAAAUUGCAAGGAUAUUGCAAUAAUAGAAAGGUUGUCAUUUGUGCUAGAAACUAUAUAAUAUAACUUAUGUAUUGAGAAUACAUAGUGGAGAUAUUGAUUAUACUUGGUGCAUUUUAAACUUAAACCAUAAUAUUGUGACACUUGAAAUUUAAAAACACCUUAAAUUGACUGAAGUGUACACUUGCUGUGUGUUUAUUUCAUUCAUAGAUUCAUUCCGGAAUACAAAUACUGAACAAUGAUUGGUGGAUAAUAUUUGCCAACCGAUCAAUAAACAGUAUUUUAUGUCUGUGUGUGGGAUAAACAUUCUGUUUAAGACUAUAGUAUCUUUAAAAUAUAGUAUACCUUCAAUCUGUCAGCAAGAUUAAUAUAGGGAAAUACUUGUCUUGCUGAUUUGUUAUUUAAUUGCAGAGUCAACAAAUCAUGAUAUGCAAAGUGAUCAUUAACAGAAUUGCUUUGUAAGCUGUUUUUUUGCUUCAUGAUCAGCUGAUGAUAUGCUAAAUUAGUAGUUGAUUUGCAGCAUGGCUGUAAAUUUUCAAAAUUGGCAGUGGAUGAUUUGCAACCAGGAAAUACAAGUACGCUGUUGAAUUGCAAAGUGAGCUUGUAGAUUUGCAAAGUAGUCUGAAUCAAAUGAUUUGCAAAUUACAAUCACCACUCUGUGCAUAACUAUUCAGGGAACAAGCACCAAAUUAGGAAUUUAAAAUAAAGAAAUUAAUAUAUUAUUUAGAGAUAUUGAGGGUGAUAUAGUGUUUGUGUAGAGUUCUAAAUAUUUUCAAAUUAUUACUAGAGUGACUAUAGAGAUAUAUAUUAACCACUUGUAACAACUUUAUGCUGCCCAUAAAAUAUAUAACUGUAGAAUUUGACAAAGGCAUAUAGCUGCCCAUAGAGUUUAGUAAUGUUUUGUAUUCAAGAAUUCAAAAUUCAGACAUUUUUCCAUUGCUUUUCAUGUUCACGUUUAUUAAUAUCAAGUUUUUCAUUUUCAAUUUUUCGUUUUUUCAAUUUUUCAUUCACAUCUUUCAUUAGUACUAUUAAAACUGUUAUAGUUUCAUUGUUUUUUUUGGCAGUUGCUUAUUACAUUGCUUGUGAAUAUUGAAAUUUCAUGUGAAAGUUAAUUAUAAUUAUUAUUAUUAUUAUUUGCCAAUUAAAGAUGUUAAUAAUUUAAUUACAAAGUUAAAUAUUGUUAGAGAAACUUACUCAUAGCUGGACUCACUUUAAUAUAUCAUUCUCCAUAAUACAUGUCAUAUAGUGAGCUAACAGUAUGAUAGCUACAUGAUAUAUCCACAGUCCAAGCCAUGUACAUAAUAAUAGAUUAUUUUUAUAUAUCAAAUUAUGUCAAAGUUUCGAUGUAAAAUUGUUUUAUGUGGUAUGGCCUAUCGAAGUGUUUUUGCAUAAAUAAGUUAGGUUUAUCCUAUCUCUUAAUAAAGAAACACAUUAAUGACUAUU